GGAGGAGGGAAUCCAAUGUCAGCAGCUUGCAGGAUGGAAGCAGGACGCGACUGUGUGGUGGAGGAGAGGGCGGAGGAGGAGGUGAUGGUCUUCUUACCAGAUCUCGCUGCGAAAAGGGUUCUCUACCUUAAUGCUACAAGGAGUUUUGUGUACAAACUGGCAGCGGUGGCGGCUCACGUGACCGCCGUGGACUCCAUGCAACACAAUGCCAAUGAGAAGCUCAAGGACCAUCACGUGGACAACGUUACCUUCAAGUGUGACGACGUUACCAAGUUAGAUUUCCCGUCGGCGAGCUUUGACCUUGUGUGUAGCAGCAAGCUUUUCGAAAACCUUCAUGACCCUUCUGCUUCUAACCUUAUGUCCCGGGUGCUGAGUUGGCUCACCCCUGGCGGCCACUUCUUCUUGAGGGAGAAAUCGUACCACCCGUCAGUUGGGAAGGUGGUGACUGGCGACGGGCGAGUGUACAGGAACGGCAGAAAGUACUGCGGGAUGCUGCACGCCACCACAUCUCCCACUUCUGCUCUCAACGUCACCCGUGGAAAAAACCUCGUCGCCUACAUCGCAAGCGGAGAUCCUUGUGAGGUGUGUCUCCUGGCUGAACGGGUCGAGAGGGAGACAACAGAGCAGCUUAUGGAGACUCGCUACUCCCUGUCCUUCAUCCUCAAACUGGAGUGGAUAUUUGGCCACACCUGGGUGUCCACAGGCGGUGAAGCCACUACCAGGGAGUUCUGCGGACAUCUUAAAUUACGUCCAGGUCAGCGGGUGCUGGACGUAGGCUGCGGUGCUGGUGGCUCAGCCUUUUUCAUGGCUAGACACUACGGUAUUCAUAUCCAUGGCGUCGACCUCUCCACCAGUAUGAUCAACUUAUCCAUAGACCGUCAGGAGAACCUGAACACAGACGACAAGAAACGGAUCCAGUUUGAGAUAUGUGACAUCAUGAAAGCAGAGUAUGCCAGCAACACUUAUGACGUCAUCUACAGCAGGGAUUCCAUCCUCCACAUCCCCAACAAAGAUAAACUCUUCCCCAAACUCUAUCGGUGGCUGAAACCCGGAGGGACACUUUUCACCACCGACUACUUCCGGGGCACGGGCCGCCUGUCCCAGGAGUUCCUUAGCUAUGAGAAGAAGUCAUGUUCAGCCUUUGUGACGAUGGAGACAUACGGAGCAACUCUGCGGGCUGCUGGGUUCAAGGAGGUGAAGGAACAGGACCUGUGCGACAAGUUUUAUGACAUCCAGAAGGAAGAGUUAGACAGCUUCACCUCCACAAGGGAAGCCUUUGUCGACCAGUAUUCUCAGGAGGACUUUGAUGUGCUAGUCAAUAUAUGCUCCAAUAAGCUGGGUUGGGUAAAAAGUCAGCAGUUCGUAUGGGGAGCCUUCACUGCCAAGAAGUAACGACACACACUUCUCACUCAUGCUGUUAAACCCACCCAGCUGUGCUACAAACCUGCCCCUUCUGUAUGCUCAGGAGUCCUGCCACUUCAUGGUCUCCCACCAGGCAUCUCCCUACCAUCCACUAUGAAGACAUAUCUGCUGUGGCAACAACACCCACCAUAGACUCACGAAAAAUUUUCCACAGAGCGUUGUGACGACACCGAGUACAGAUGCAUACAUUCUGGAGCCAGUACUUACCACUGUGUAAUAGAGACGUUACCGACCGCUCAAGCGGCUAACGAACCGAACAAUGGCGAAGAGGAUAAAAGUAAUAAUGUAAAUAAUGGUGGGCCACUGAUUUUAUUAUAUCUUCCAGUGUAAAAAACCUUUUCUGUAUGGCUUCAGGAUUACCAUGAAGAAGACUUACUGCCAACAACCGUAAAAACCACUUGAGUCUACCACCCACCUAUAACCACACAUACACACCUGGUGUUUUUGUAUCUUCCUAACACUUGUUACCAACAAGUGAAAAAUCUGACUUGAUAAUUUUCUUCCAAACAAAUUCUUACCAGCAGGCAAUUUUUCACAGGACUUAAUCCCAUUGGACAUAAUCCCAGCAGCAUUAUAAUAAAAUGGAAAACAAAUCCUAA